GCGGCGGCAGCCAAGCCGACGACUCAGCCCGGCUCACAGAGCCUUACGGCCCGCGGGAAAACCAGAACCUAUGGCUCUCUUUGCAGUUUUUCAGACAACAUUCCUCUUGGCAUUGCUGUCCUUGAGAACUUACGAAAGUGAAGUCUUAUCUGAACCUUUACCAUUAACUCCUGAAUCGCUGAAAGUUUCUGUCAAUUCUACGUGUCAGUGUUUGCAUUUACAAUGGACUGUCCACAGCCUCGCUUAUCAUCAGGAAUUGAAAAUGGUUUUUCAGAUACAGAUCAGUAGAUUUAAAACAUCCAAUGUCAUCCGGGUGGAGAACUACAGCACCACUGUGAAGCGGGACCAAGUCCUGCAUUGGAGCUGGGAAUCCGAGCUCCCUCUGGAAUGUGCGGCACACUUUAUAAGAAUGAGGAGUAUGGUGGAUGACGCCAGGAUUCCCAAGCCAGGGUUCUGGAGCAACUGGAGUUCAUGGGAGGAAGCAGAUGCACAGAAUUUGCUUGGACAUGAUCCAUUGUUUGUCUUCCCUAAAGAUAAGCUGGUGGAAGAAGGCUCCAACGUCACCAUUUGUUACGUUUCUAGGAUCCAUCAGGACAACAUAUCCUGUUAUUUGGAAGGUGUACAGAUAUAUGGAGAACAGCUUGAUCGAAGCGUGUCUGCGUUCGAGUUGAAGAACGUGUCUUUUAUUAGGGAAAAAGGGACAAAUGUCUUCUGUAAGGUGGACCAGGGAGGAGUUUUGGGAGGCAUCGUUCUCUUUGUCUCAAAAGUGCUUGAAGAGCCCAAGGACUUUUCUUGUGAAACCCAGGACCUCAAGACUUUGACCUGUACUUGGGAUCCCGGGAGCGACACUGGCUUGAGUAAACAGCCUUCCCAAAGCUAUACUUUAUUUGAAUCAUUUUCCGGAAAAAAGACGCUUUGUAAACACAGAAACUGGUGUGAUUGGCAAGUCGCUCAGGACUCACAAGAAACUUAUAACUUCACACUCCUGGCUGAAAACUACUUCAGAAAAAGAAGUGUCAGUAUUCUUUUUAACCUGACCCAACGAGUUCAUCCAAUGACUCCCUAUAACUUAUUACCUAAAAAUGUUGGUGCCACAAAUGCCACCAUGACCUGGAAGGUACACUCCAUUGGAAACAAUUCCACACUUUUGUGUCAGCUUGAACUCCUUGCUGAAGGAAAAGUGAUACAACAAAGCAAUGUUUCCAUCAAGGUGAAUGGUGAGUACCUCUUAAGUGAACUGGAGCCUGACACAGAAUACGUGGCCCGAGUACGCUGUGCUUAUACCAACCACUUCUGGAAAUGGAGUGAAUUGAUCAGUCAAAAAUUCAACACAGCUGAAGCUGCUCCCUCAGAGGCUCCCGAUAUCUGGAGAAACUUGAAGAUGGUGUCGGGACAUCCUACUGUGAGUUUAUUCUGGAAGCCACUCUCAAAAGUGCAUGCCAAUGGGAAGAUCCUGUUCUAUAAUGUAAUUGUAGAAAACCUAGACAAGCCAUCCAGGUUCGAGGUCCUCUCCAUCCCUGCUCCCGCCAGCAGCACAGAACUAACCCUCGAUCAGUGUUCUUACCAAAUCCAUGUCACAGCUCACAACAGUGUGGGCCCUUCUCCUGCUUCCGUAAUUGUCGUUUCUGGAGACCCUGGAAACGAAGAGGUUGAAAUAGGAAGAGUUAACGGCACAGAGGAUGGAUUUUCUGUGUCUUGGAAACCCCAAUCCGGAGAUGCCACAGGCUAUGUUGUGGAGUGGUGUGAUGGUCCCCAGGACCUGCCCUGUGUUCUCCAGUGGAAAAACCUAGGCCCCAAUACCACAAGCACAGUCAUUAGCUCGGGUGCUUUUAGACCAGGGGUUCGAUACAACUUCAGAAUUUAUGGAAUUUCUACCAAAAGGAUGGCUCAUUUAUUAGAGAAAAAAGCAGGAUACUUGGAGGAACUGGCUCCUUCAGACAACCCUCAAGUGGUCAUGAGUAAGUUGACCUCCCACUCCUUCACUCUGAGUUGGAAGGAUUAUUCCACUGAAUCCCAGCCUGGCUUUAUACAAGGAUACCAUGUCUACCUGAAACCCAAGGCGGGGGAGCAGUGCCACCCGGCAUUUGAAAAGACAGUUCUUCCAGAGGAUUCAGUAUGUUGCAAAUACACAAUUGACAACCCGGGACAAAAGACAUUCGUUGUGGAAAAUCUACAGCCGGAAUCCGUCUAUGAGUUUUUCGUCACUCCUUACACAAGUGUUGGCGAGGGUCCCCUGGAUGCCUUCACAAAGGUCACAACUCCGGAUGAAUACUCCCAUACACUGAUACACAUCAUCCUGCCCAUGAUUUUCUGCGUUUUGAUCGUCAUGAUAAUUUGCUACUUAAAAAGUCAGUGGCUGAAGGAGAAGUGUUAUCCUGAUAGUCCAAACCCUUACAAGAGCAGUGUCCUGUCAUUAAUAAAAUCCAAGGAGAAUCCUCAUCUAACAAUAAUGUAUGUCAAAGACUGUGUUCCAGAUGCUAUUGAAGUUAUAAACAAGCCCGAAGGGAGUAAGAUACAGUUCUUAGGCACUAGGAAGUCACUCACAGAAACUGAAUUUACUAAGCCUGCCUACCUUUACCUCCUUCCGACGGAGAAGAACUACUCUGGCCCUGGACCUUGCAUGUGUUUUGAGAACUUCACCUAUAAUCAGGCAGCUUCUGACUUUGCUUCUUGUGGACAUUUCCCAGUAACCCCUCAAGCCCCACCACAUCAGCUGGGACCACUGACUUCACCUGAAAAUUUACUAAAGGCACUGGGACAAAACUACAUGAAUUCCCUGGGAGAAAUCCCAGCCGGAGAAGCUAAUUUGAAUUAUGUGUCCCAGUUGGCUUCACCCACCUCUGGAGACAAGGACAGCCUGCCAACAAAUCCACCAGAGCCAGCACUCUGUUCAGAGUAUAAAAUGCAAAUGGCCAUACCCCUGGGUCUUGCCUCUGCUCCCCCAAGUGAGAACAGCAGCCUCUCCUCCACUACCCUUUUAGGUCAAGGGGAACACUGCCCCUAA